AUGGAUUCGAUUCCCUCUCAAUGCGCUUCACAUAAAACCUAUUCUAUAAAUUCACUAGAACAAUCUUCCUCAAUACAAUCGGAAUCUUACAUAUAUGAAAAAAAAUUUAUCGAUUUUGUAGAUAACGAUGAAUAUAUAAAACUGUUUAACCAUUGUAUAAAUUUAGGAGGUGAUGCAGCAAGAUAUUCUCUUAAAAGAGUACAUCUAUUGUCACAUCAUUUGGGAUCGGAUGUAACACAUGAAUACUUGGUUCCAUUUUUAUCAAGCUUGCAAAAAACAGCUGACAUUUCAUUAUUACCUUCAUUCUGUGAUUCCUGGUUCCUUCUUUAUAAAAAUGUAGAUGAAAUCGAAACAUUACUUUUAAUUUUUAAAGGGUUUGAGUUUUUCCUAUCGCACGAAAAUCCAGAAAUAAGAGAAAAGGCAAUAAAAGUUGUAAUGCUGAUAGUGGAUAGCUCAAUCAAAUCGAAAAAAAAUGGAAUGGACUCGAGUCUAGAACUUGUUAACUCAGUGUUAUGCCCAAUGAUAGGAUCAUUUGUGGAAAACGAUUGGUUCCCAAGCGCUACAUCAGCAUGUUACCUAAUACCGAAAAUAUAUUCAUACGCCUCAGAAAAAUCACAAAACGAACUUAGACAAGCAUUUCAAAAACUAUGUGACUCGGAAACACUGACAGUAAAAAUAGCGGCAGCAAAAAAUCUUAAAGAUGUAAUAUCAUUAGUAGAACCAGAACACGCAAUCUCUAUGUUCUGGCUGGUUCUGAAAAACAUGUCAAUAGAUAACGAAGAAGAAAUAAGAAUGCUGGCGGUGGAUAGUUGCCUAGUUUUUGCAAAGCAAUGCACAUCAGAACAGAACUUAAACCUGAAUAUACCACUCCUAAAGGCAGCAUCGGAGGAUACAUCAUGGAAAGUAAGAGAGUUUGUUGGACUAAAUUUUAUAAAAGUGUAUGAGACUUUUGAUGAGUUAGUAGUUAAGGAUAAUUUGUUCGAUUCCCAUGUAAAUUUACUAUGCGAUAACAACGACAGAGUAAAAGCGUCAUCAAUUCGAUCAUUUUCAAAUUGGUCAGGAAUCCUUUCACAGGAACUAAUCGAGUCGUACGUACCAAUACUAGAUAAUUUGACGAAAAAGUCAAAUAAAGAUAUAAGACAAAGCGUGUGUAAAACACUCGCACUCUUCGCAAUGAAGCUUAAAAAGAAGCAUGUGCUGACAAUACUAAGACCAACAAUACAACUACUCUUGACAGAUGAGUCAAUGGAAGUAAGACUGAGAGUUGUUGAAAACAUACAUUUGAUAUCUGAUCGCGAGGAAUUCUACGGAAUGAUAGGAGAGAAACUUAUUGAAACCAUCGACACAUCAAUUGAUAAUUCAAUUUGGAGGAACAGACUUGUCAUAGCAGAGCAACUAACAAGUUUCUUUAGCCAUUUCGGAGCCACAAUAUUUGAGCAAAGUUUCCUAAACGUACUUUUCAGACUAUUGGUGGACGAUGUCUGGAAGGUCAGAAAUGCAGUUUUAAUCAGUUUGGAAAAAAUCUGUAAUGAAUGCGGAAGUAUAUGGGCAGUCAAGUUCAUUUUAUCAGAACUAAAAACGAUGUAUUUAACUCCAAGACAGUCAACAUACACAAAAAAAAAUAAAAUCAAAAGCUCCAUCAAAAUCGUAAUAAUACAGUCACUUGUUGCGGUGGCUAAAUCAAUAGAUGUUGAAAACACCAUUGAACAUAUUAUCCCAUUGAUUCUCAACUCAUUAACGGAUACGAUACCAAAUAUACGAUUUGUCGCUGUAAACUCACUGGCAAACAUAUUCAUAAUAUAUAAAAAUGAAAAACCAGAACUGUUCCUUCAAGCAAAAUGCGCACUAAUUAAGAUGUGUCAAGAUUCCGACGAAGAUGUAAAAUAUUUCGCCAAAAGAGCACUAGAUACCUAUGAAAGAUCAUUUACUGAUCAUCUCGCCAUGUAA